GAUGCUGAAGGACGUGGGGCUGUUUAUACCGAGCGGGGGCGGAGCUACAAGACGCACGAGCACAGCCUACCGAAUCGCUAGAGACACAAAGAGAGAGAGAGAGAGAGAGAGAGAACUUGAGGCUAGUUGAUGCUCGGGCCGGUUGGAGGGAGGCGAAUAAAACUCGCACGAGGACCUGUUCUCAUCACAUCUCCGUUAGUGUGAAACGUGCAUCAUCGCCGAUGGAGAGCAUCAGAUAGUCUAAUCAAGCAUAUAUCAUUAAAAAAAAUAAUAAUAACGACGCCAUAGUAACAUAUAGUUUUCAGACCCGCAAACGGAGUCUCUUCGCUUCUUCGCCUUUGUUCACUUGGCUCGUGCUCGUGCGCAGCGUCUUCUCCUGCACUGUCCUCCGAGGGGACACUUUUUUUCUUAUCAAUGUCAAGCAUCCGGUCAGCGUAGCCUCCAUCCCACGUCCAUCCCGACACGUCGCGAGCACGCGGGCUUCUCAGCUCUCUGCAGGCGCAGGAUUGCUUUAAAGGGAAAGGGAAGACAUGGGGACGCGGUGCUUGCCAUGGAUUCUGCCUUACGCGCCGCAUGCACAGUCCACGCGCGUCACCGUGGUCGCAGUUUGAGCGCGUGCUUUGCGUCGCGCUCCCUUUUCCUUUUUUCUCUUACGCCCGGGAUGGUGGUGUCAGUGCUGUGAGUGACGGGACCCGCAGAGACCGGACCGAGACGCGCGCGCACACACGCACAGAGAAAGAGACGGGUCGAAGGGAGACAUAUUGAUAAGAAGGGAUUAUGGCGCUCGCCGCGCUCGCGCUCUUUCUGCUCGCGCUCACCUGUGCGAACUUUUACCUGGCGCGCGCGAGCCGGCACGCGGUGCACUGGAACAGCUCCAACAUCCAUCUGCGGAAGGAGGGCUACACGCUAAAGGUGAACGUGAAUGAUUACCUGGACAUCUACUGUCCUCACUACAACGUGAGCCAGCGGGGCGUGGCUGAGCAGUACGUGCUCUACAUGGUGAGCUACCGCGGCUACCGCACGUGCGACCCUCAGCUCGGCUUCAAGCGCUGGGAGUGUAACCGGCCGCAUGCGCCGCACGCGCCGAUCAAAUUCUCAGAGAAGUUUCAGCGCUACAGCGCCUUCUCGCUCGGCUACGAAUUCCACGUGGGCCACGAGUAUUACUACAUCUCCACGCCCACUCAUCACCAUGGCCGCAGCUGCCUGAGACUGAGAGUGUACGUCUGCUGCUCAACAGCUGAUGCAGAUGAUGAAGCACAGCCUACAGAGCCAGACUACACUCUAAGACCUAACAUGAAGAUUGAUGACCUCGAUGAUUAUGACAACCCUGAGGUCCCAAAACUGGAGAAGAGCAUCAGUGGCAGCAGUCCAUCCAGGGACCGUCUCCUCCUCACGGUGGCCACACUCUUCCUCAUCGCACUCUCCAUCUCCUAGCACUCGCCUCCAGGAAGUCGUCAUGCCGCUGAGGCCUAGAGGACUGCAAGGCCGGGAUAUGGGAGAGGAAGAUGAGGAUGAAGGAAGAACUAACGAUUUAAAAACAUUUAAAAACAGGAGAGGAAAGGAACAUGGGAAUAAGACUAGCGGGAUGCUAAGGCCUUCUUCUGUUCAACAGUGGAACAUGAACCUGGACUUUACAAUGACAACUUUGCCAAUCAGCUCGAGCCAUACUGUCAGACAGUGUACGAGUGUGUGUGUGUGUGUGUGUGUGUGUAUGUCUGUAAGUGUGUGUGUAUGUGUGUGUGCAAAGCUGAGUGAGUGUUCACACACAUGCUGUUUGCAAAUCAUUCAAGUGAAAACCUCCACUCAGUCUAAUUAGUUACUUUAUUAACUAAUGAAUGGCCGCUUAGUGAUUAAGUGGAAUUGAUGCUCAAGAUGAAUGAUGCAUUAAUAUUUAAGUCAUUGUUGAUUCAUUAGUGGCAAAAAAAAAUUGUUUAUGUAAAACAAGGCUGAGGUAAAUGACACGGGCACAUUUUAAGCAGCACCAAAAGAGCUUCAUUCUCGAUUCAGUUCAGUGUUUCUCUCUCUCUCUCUCUCUCUCUCUCUCUCUCUCUCUCUCUCUCUCUCUCUAGCCUCAGUAAACCUUCAGGAUUAUCACGUUUACAAACACAUCAGAAGCAGGAUUGCCUAAUGCCCUCCUUAUGCUGGUGGAUUUAAACAGUUAGACCAGUUAGACUUACAGAACUGCCAGCUGUCAGGAUAGAAAUGUAGCUUUAGUUUUUCCCAAAUUUCAAUUUCAUUUUUCCUAUUUUCACAUUGUUCAGAUGAAUUUUUAGCACCUACAACCCAUCACAGUUCACAUAUAUAUAUUCCACAUUUGUGAUUUCUGUACAAAUUCUUUGCUAUUCUGUUAAAUUAAUAAUAACCAUAGAGACAGAAAAUUCGUUUCCUAAUUGCCACUGACCUGAUUACUUAUAAACAUAUUACUUAUAAAAUCGGAAUUAUUCCAAAACUGUUUGUCCUUCAUUCAUUUUUUUAAAGAGACCUGAACUUUUGGAGCCAUACUGUUUUCUUAAUAAGAGCAAAUGCAUCACAUGGACUUUGGCAAUCAGUGUGUGUGUGUGUGUGUGUGUGUGUGUGUGUGUGUGUGUGUCUGUGUGUGUGUCUGUGUGUGUGUGUGUGUGUGUUUCGAGCUGAAUUUGGUGCCUGUAGAAACAGUAGCAUAGGCUGGUGAUACUGAAAUGCUCUGCUUUUCUCCACUGGACUGCAUUCUUUUCUAUACCAAGGCUUUUUCUUCAUGGAAGUUUAACUGGAGGACACACGUGGAAACUUAUGUACAUAAACACAAACCUAUAAUGGAUCAUUGGAUUUUUCUCUGCAGUGGUUCUUACAGGACCAGGAGAGCCCUGGAGCUGAAACACCAAACCGUUUCAGACCAGCGUCGUCUCUCUACCGCUUCCUGCUCGGCUUCAUUGAAUCAUAAACGCUUAUCGGUAGUUGCCACUAUAAACUGGCCUGCAGUGGUUGUAUUUUUAAUGCUCAGCUCACACCUGGCUCGUGAAAAGAGCAUUAAAUCUUUGGGAAUAAGACAAUAAACAACAUGGAGAACUUGGCACAUGUCACAGGCAGUUUAGCUACAUGCAAAUAAGUGCUUUGGGUUUCUGUGUUCUGAGAGGAUUUUCCGCAGAGCAACAUUCUUCUUAUGACAUUCUUUCACUUUUUACAUCUCGACUAGCACCUUACUGGCCCUGAGAUAAACGCAGGCCGAGCUCACAGUGCUCCAGCUCAACAGAACAGGCUUGCAGUCGAGGAUUUCGCCCACGGAAUCAUGACAAUUCCUAAGAUAUAGAUUUAGUAAGUUUAAGUUAACAUGCUAAAUUAAAUCUAAUGAGUAUGUGUAACUCGUGAGGUGGGAUGAUUUUGAUAUAGCAUUGAAGCCAAAUGAGUUUUUCGAUUAGCUUUAGAUUAGCGGGAACUCAUAGAUGUCCACUCUGUACAUUCUGCUAAUGUGGUUACCAUGGUAACAUGCUGUCGUAGAACAAAGAGUGCAAAUGCUAAUGACUUGAGUGCUCAGUAUGACGUGGGACGCACGUCAUUUUUACCAACUUUGUUUUGACUUGUAUGUUGAUUUUCUUGUUGUGUAUUUUAAGGCUAAAGUGUUUGGCUCGGGUUUGUUUGGGAAACGUGUGUGUGUUCUGUUCGAGGUCAUUACUUUUACUGCGAGUGGUGAAUUUAAGAAGAGCUGAUUGGGCAAAUGAUGAAAAAGUAUCAACUGUUGCACUUCAAAACUUAGACACGAGUUUGUGUGUGUGUGUGUGUGUCCUUGUUUGAGUGGCUUUGUAAAUGGUCAAAUAGAUGAAAGACAAUGUUUCUUUAUACUGGCCAAAAUAUAUGUGCGUGUGUGUGUAUGUGUGAGAGAGAGAGAGAGAGAGAGAGAGAGAGAGACAGAGUGUGGGUGUGUACGUGUUUGUGUGUGUGUGUGUGUAUGUGUGUGAGGGAGAAAGAGAGAGAGUGUGUGUGUGUGUGUGUGUGUGUGUGUGUGUGUGUUUGUGUGUUGCUUGAUUGUACGUUUUCGCCGCGCAUGUGUGCAAGAGAGUCUGGGUCGUUUAGAAGAAACAACAAAAGCAUUUAUUAGUGUUGGAAACAACCAUUUAAAAUCAUGUUUACCUUCGACUGGAAUGAAUUUAAAGAACUUGAAAACAAAUAAAGCAUAACAGACCGUAACAAAAGGUUAUAAUAAUAAUAAAAAUAAUCAUGAUAACAAAACGAACUGCCUCAGCCUGCUGUUUCUCAUACAUUGUUUGACGGAUUUCAGCACAAGCUGAAUAAACAACUGGAAUGUGAAUUGAAGGUCAAUUAAAAAAGGGGGCACAUAUAAAUGCACACAGUUUAACAGACAUGUUUUUCACACACCUUAAGACAUGAAUGUCCUCUAUAAGCAGCCUAACCAAGGAGACUCUGUCCCUCUUUAUGUCUCUCUAGGCUCCAUUAUCACAGCGCAGAUAAUCUGUGUGUGUGUGUGCGCGUGCGCGCGGGUGUGUGUGUGGCUCCAGAAGCAAAGAGAUUACAUCACUAAAUUACUAUAAAGCCUAUCUGAUGCUGUGAGGUCGCUCGUAUCUAAUCUCACCUUUACAACCACAAUAAUAGCAUGUCUGCAUAUGGAACACGCAAUGUCACUUUCCAGUCAUGAAAAUAUUUCCUGCUUAUUAUUUUUCACUUGCAGGCUUACACUCCACACUCCUAACUCCAUGACACACAUCACAGACUCACUUUCUUUUGGCCCUGCAUUAAAGAUGCUACAUCUUUUCCUGAUUACUGCGAUUCCUCGCACAGAUGAAGCAGUUUAGCCCAAAGCCAGGAUUGAAGGCUUCGCGUUAUAGCCGUGCACAACAGAACAGAUGUUGUGGAACAGAAUCAUAAUUGUUUGAUUCCUCUCCUGAAUCUUCAAUCGACCUGACCUGCAGAGGCACAGCGGGUAGGCAAUCAGGAAACUUUCCACUCACUAAUUUCUCACAUGUCCUGGCGGGGCGUUUUAUCAUUUUCCAAGCCGCGAAUGAUGAGUAAGCCGUCUGCGAACAGGAGGCAACAAUAACGGCGAUACACAGCUCUGCCGUCUGCUGUCCAGACUUCAAGAGCAAAGUCUGGUGUGUGAUUCCUGUAGAACUACUGAGUAACAUUUCCCACUUCACCCAGCACACACAGUGAUCCCUAAAUCCUAAAGCAGGUGUUAGUGAAGCAGUCUAGUUAAACAAGCAAAAGACUAUUUUGUCUAGACACAAAAGCGCAUUCUUGAUAAGUUUCCAAUUAGGCCUUCUGUCAUGCUCAGGCAAUGUGUAUCGUGCAUUUCUUACAUCAUAAAUAAAUGCCAAAAUGAAAAACAUGUUUUUUUUUUUUUUAGAACAGCUCAUUAAGGUCCUUUGAGUGAAUUGGCUUUCUUUGGUUCCUUCUGCCCUUUCAUUUUUUUAUUUUUUUGUUGUUGUCCACACAAAACAAGAGCAAAGCAGUCUUGAUAACAACAACAACAACAAAAAAACCUGUUUUUCUGUGACGUUACUGUGGUUCAGGCUAUGUGUAUCUAAACAUCUGACCUUUACCAUUUCCAUCAUCUGACAUACAGAAGAUAAAUGUGCGCUUUGAUGUAGGAUAGUACAGGGGUUAAAGGGUUAGUCUGUUGAAUCGUCCUGGCUGCUCCGUGUCUAUGUCAAAAAAGUUCAUUAAAAAAGAAUGUUAGAAAGAAUGAAAUUUUAAGAAUAAAAUGAAAUGUAAUCCGAAAAAAUAUAUUUAAAUUAUAUUAUCAAUAGUGUAUCAAAAUACUUAUUAUAAAAUAAAUAAAUAAAAACCGAAUUACAAAGAGCGAUGAUUUAAAAGUACUUUCCUUAUGUUUCCUUGCAACUUCAUUUGCAUACAAAUUGCACAAAAUCCAAACACAUCGCCCUCGUUCAUUUCAGUCUGAGUCAAUUUUAAAGUAACAUGUAUGAAGAGCAUUAAGAGCAGGUUUAAUGAAGAUUAAAAGGGUAAUGUAACCCUUAGAGAACCAGUACUAGUUAGAGCCCAUAGAAAUAUUUCCUGAAGAUCUGUGUACAAAGAUGGUUAGAGUAGCUUUACAAAUUGGUAUUGAUGUUUUAGAUAUAGUUAAUCAAUCAAGUUAUACCACAGCAUUGUUGAAUUCUGGAGUCUGAUUGGUCUUACGGCUUGGACAGAUUGUAACUACUUACACAGGGUUAGUGUGACAGGCGCGCAACAUAAACAGAUUAAAAUAUCCUUGUAAACAUUGAUUUCUUGAAGUAUUCUGUGAUGAGACAUUUAUUUAACAUUUUUGGAAGGUGUCUCCAGUGAGGUAAAAUUUUCUGACAUGGAAAAGCCUUCAGGAUGCAAGACUUUGCAGUUUCUCUGUGUCAUGACAAGCUUUCGUCUUAUUAACUUCAAAAGAGGGAAUGAUGAGAGGCUGGUGAGGGAGCGGCUGCUAUAACAUAAGUGGUACCAAGUGAACUAAACUGUUUUGUGGACGUUCCACAACAUUAAAAGUAGCUGUAAAUGGAUAAAAAAGUAUUACGUGUCAUUCUUUGAUAAAUAACAUUUGUAAUAGUUGGCAAAAUGCUGUUGUAUAAGGGGAAUAAAACACUUCAGGACAUGCCAUUAUUGGAAAAUAAUUGGAAAAUCACACCACCCCGUCUCUGAUUUGAGCCAUGCUUCUUUCAUUCCACACUUUAUGCAAAGAAACGUAAAUAAUUUAAUUGAAAGAUAAAUAAAAGAAAAAAUUUAAGUCAUUAUCUUAGAGAUUUGGAAAUAGUACUUGGAUGGUGUAAAUGAAAAUAUAAGGACAUUAGGGUCUGUUCUGAUGGAAAUUGAGACUGUGAACUGUGUAGAAAUUUGUAAGUAUACUCAAACAGUACAUAGAUCUUAUUUUACUGAAGUAUAGCAGUGAAGGACAUUACUUAAGUACUUGCUGGCUGUUGCGCUCAUCACUAGUACCUUUAGUCUCAAUACCUGAAUGUCUGAACCCCCUCAUGAUUCAGCAGUGUGUAAUGUGUGUGUCACAUGUGGCCAUGGGGUGAAGGAUGGGGUAGAUUGUGCAAUAGGAACACACCUGCCCCUGACUGCAGUUUCCAGACAGCAAGCAGUCAUUAUAUUACCUCAGUCUGACCUUAACAAAAGACAGAAAAAAAAGACUGGCUCCAAAAACAUUCGAACAUAGCAAAUUAAAACAUAUAGAAUUUAAAUCGAAAGUAUUAUAGUAUUUAUACGAAUAUGAAUUAUUAGUAUUGCUAAUAAUGUAUGAGGUAUUUUAUUGAUUAGACCUGCAUAACAGCGAUUUGUUUUGCAAAGGCCAUUGCAUCAGAUUGUAAUGGCUUUUGUGUAAGUUCAUCUGUUGACUCAAUCCUUCUCCCUCAAGGGUUCAUGUACCAAGCUUCGCUUGAGCUGAUAGAGUACUGGGACCCUCAAGAUAGUCAUGGAGAUUUAUUUGUGUGAAAUGGACGGGAGGGCAUGUCGACAACGGCAUGUCAGAUUCGAUUGGAAACGGACCCAUAUCUUGCAAGUAUGUGCAAGUGUUUUGAUUCACUUUGAGUAUUUCAUUAGAAUCAAAUCAGAUAAGUGAGUCAUUGUUACAAACAGUCAGUGUUUGUAAAGUCUAGUUUCCUGGAUUGUGCGUUUUCCACUAUGAGUCACCUUUUCUUAAACUGCACACUGUGACAAGUUUGUCUCCGCUUGGGGCAAAAUAAAAAUCAUAAAGGUUACAUACUCUGCAUAAUGAUGUCUGGAGUAAUUUGUCUCAUUUGAGGACAGAGCUGUUACCUAAAUUAGCACAAGAUUAAUUGUAUACAAUUAAUCAAUUAAGACAAGGAGCCAAAGUAUGGUAAUUGAUGUCAAGGCUAUUUAGUAGAUUAUUUAAUUCUAGAGGUGAAUUCUUUACAGAAUAAAAGAUUUUUUUCUGCUUGUCAUUUCCCUGUAUGGCCAGCAGAUGUCUCAGUUAGGCCAGCAUCCAAUAGACAAAAGUAGACAAAAUUCUACCCAAGACAUGAUAUAAAUAAAUCUGUCCAACAAUGCCAGUUGUGUAAGACGGACCUACCCGUAAUGGAUUACAGCACUCAGAUUCAGUCAAUAUGAGUAUGAUAUAAUCUGCUGAAACAGACAGAAGAGGAACUUCACCGCUCUCAGUAGCUGUUCCUGCAGUUUAUCACAUCACUGGUUGGUCACUUGGUUAAGCCUUCACUGAAUUUUCUGAUGUUAUGCAAAAGAAUUAAUAGAAAAGUCAAAGCUGUGUGUCUCUAUAUUUUGAAUAAUCUCUCGUUGUCAUUAACAAUAAUGAGGGCCUUAAAGGUUAAUACAUUUGUUUGUUAAAGCAGGGAACCUGAAAUGAGUUCAGUUUGCUAAUCCUAAAAAUGACAAAAAAAAAAAAAAACAGAAAAAGAAAAACAAUAUUGUCUAUUUUUGACUGACUACACAACAUUGAGUCUCAAAUGUCGAUUUGUAGUAACACAAAACAUGAUGACAGUAACAUGAAAACAAGAUGAUAUCUGCUAGUGUCAGGUUGCAACAGGAGAAUGGUUUUCUCUGGCACACAGAUAAGAUGCCGUAUCUCUGUUUACUUCCACCUAGAUUUACAUUGCAGCACAAGUGCAUUUAACCACAUUUUCCACACAAACCUGACAGCCCCAAAUAUCUUGCCGUACACCCAAGAAAGUUUGCAGACAUGUAGCUGAUUGAAGGCAAGCGUGUGUCUCUGCUGACUCUGUCUCACAGCUCGGAUAAGCUCUGAUAAGUUUGAGCACUAUGAGUUCACCUGACGUGCACAUUUAAUCUCUGGGAUAAUGCCAAGCUAAAUAGCAAAGUUGCCUGGCUGAGUGAUGUGUUGUUUUCAAGCUAGCACGCUACACUGAGGUCAGCAGUGAUAACACUGCUGGGCACACGUAAGUGCUCUGUUUACUAGAAAGAUCUCACCCCUUAUUUAGUUUUUUUCUAAUACUUUUCACAGUUUAGUAUAUUGUUUUCAUCCUGUAACGCACAGAUAAACUGAUUAAUUAAAUGAGAAGUGUUCAGGUAGGAAAUGGUGAAAAUUUGUAAAAGAAAAAAGCACCCUGUGUAUUGCAUAAGCUUUUGUUUUCCCUGUUCUAUCACAUGAUUUACACGAAUGCACUGCUGUACCCCUUUCACAGGCUGGCACAUGUUGGGUUUAUUACUCUUGUAUGCUGUUCAUGGCAGAGGUUAGUACUUCCCCUGCUCUAACACCCCAUUCCCAGCUCUGACACACUCAUUUGUCUAAAGAUGUGUGUUUUCCUGGCUCCAGUAUUCUAACUAAUGAGUUCUAACCCUUCAGAAAAAUCCAGUUUAUUCCAGUCAGCCACCAAAACACAGACUGAACUGAUAACCAUCUUUGCCACCUGGUAGAAAGGAAGAGUUUCUGAAUCACUGCUAGUAAUGCUACAUAAAAGGCAAGUUGUUUUUAUGGGAAUGCACAACAGUAAGGCCAUUCGAAAACCUCAAAUGUUUUUCGAUCAGUUUAUUCAAGUAAUAAGGAAGCAGGAAAAAUAAUGUACCAGUUUUGGCAGCUGGUGGAUUGUCAGAUCGAGCUGGACUUUGCAGCAGGGAUCAGGUGCGUUCAUCAGAGACACUUAAAGUGACACAUGGAUCAAGCUUUUAAAACUCCAAAUAUAGUAUAACCUGCUGAACUACAGCAACCAACACUCAAACAAAACACAACAAACCACACCAUAUUAUAUAAUUAGGCAUUUAAUAUCAAAUUAUGUAAUACAUUUGUAAUAGUAUUGGUUUUAUAAUGAAAGACAGUAUGAUACACAUAAUAAAAUACAGUUUCUAUUUGAACUUUAGGUUGAAACAUGAAUUGAACACAACCUAGCUUUGAAACAAAAUUCUUAAUAACAAAAGCCAGAUAAUAACACAAAAGCAACAGCAUUGUAUUCCUAAAUACAUUUGGAGCACAUAUCCAAACUAGCAAACGAUCAAGAACACAUCUAUUUAGGCAGUUCUGACCCCAAACACUUCCCCAAUCAUUUCUGUUUAUCCGCAAGAAUCACUACCACACAAACACUGCUAUCUUUGUAGAUUAUUAUUAUUUGAAAUAAAGUUCACAGUGUAUAGAAAGUGUGAAUUUCUGAUUCUAUGGAGUUUACACCUCACUUUCAUAUGAGUGAAAAAAAAAUGCAGUGUGAAACAAAUGAAGCAUGUUGCAAAAACACUUCAGAAAGGCGUCUUGUGCGAGAUGGCUUUUAAGUUCUGAUUUCCCAGUGAAGUGUAGCACUAAAUACAAUAUGAGAACAAACGUACAGUCCCAUCCUCAGGCCCAGUGUUCCUGGGAUAGGCUCUGGAUCCACCAUUACCCUGACUAGGAAAAAGCAGUUACUGAAGAGGAAUGAAUGACCACACAGUUGAGAGUCUGAAUGAUUUUAAACACAAGAAACUCACCAUCUCAGAGCACAAUGGCAGUUAAUGUGAUAUAAACUAACUGACAGCAGACACAGCCUUUUAUUUAUAGUUAAAUUAUUAUUAAUUGA